UAUAUAAUUACUAAUGGAUUAAUUUCAAUUGCAGACUGGUGUUAUCAUCUACCAACAUGUGAUGAUUCCACCUGGCCAGAUAUUGCCACCGAUUACUGUGCUGGGAGCAGGCAGUCACCUAUCAACAUCGACAAAUCAGCUGCAGCACCUGAUUCCAGCCUGUCGCCUUUCAAUUUUGUGAAUUUUAACAGCAAAUCAUCACUGAAAAGCAUCAAGAAUACUGGCAAGACGGUAAAGGUCAGCUUUGAUAGUGGUGUGAAGAUUUCAGGAGGAGGCCUAUCUGAGGAGUAUGACAGUCUUCAGUUCCACUUGCACUGGGGAAAUGGUGCGUCUACUCCUGGCUCUGAGCACACAGUGG